ACUAAUGGUCGUUGUGAAGAACACUGCGUAUUUUAUACUUACCACACAUAUCGAAAUAGAUUGUGUUUAGUAGUUCUUUUGUGGUUGUGCGAUAUUAUUCUGAUUUUUUUGUAGGUUAGAAAUUGGAUUUCGUGGUAGCUAUUUGAGGAAUUGCGGUGGUGACCUGCUUCACUGUUCUGCAAAAAACAACAGAAAACCUCAUUUAUAAUCGUUGUAUCUAGUAUAGCUAGGUUAUAUCGCUGUUAAAAACAAAUCGCAUAUCUUAAACUUGUUGGAAUGCAUCUUAUCUACGGAGGCUUUGUGUCAAAGGUGUAGCUAUUUGUUUGAUGCAACAUGAGUGGCGGCUUAGCACCAAGCAAAAGCACUGUUUAUGUUUCCAAUCUACCAUUUUCCUUAACUAAUAAUGACUUGCAUAAGUUAUGCACUAAAUAUGGAAAAGUUGUCAAGGUGACCGUUGUAAAAGACAAACAAACACGGAUGAGUAAAGGUGUCGCGUUUGUGCUGUUCCUGGACAAAGAGUCGGCCCAUAAUUGUGCUCGAUCACUGAACCAUAAACAGUUGUUCGGUCGGACAGUGAAGGCCAGCAUUGCUAUCGAUAAUGGGAGGGCGGCUGAGUUCAUUCGGAGAAGAAACUACAGUGAUAAGUCCAGGUGUUAUGAGUGUGGUGAAGAUGGCCACUUAAGCUACUCCUGCCCAAAGAAUUUGCUUGGAGAAAGAGAACCGCCGCCAAAAAAGGAAAAGAAAAAAAAGAAAAAGAUGAAGCAUGUCGAGGAGGUUGACCAAGAAGAAAGUGAAGAUGAAGGCGAGGACCCUGCACUUGACAGCUUAAGUCAAGCAAUUGCUUUCCAGCAAGCCAGAAUUGAAGAAGAAGAAAGACGAAGGCGGCAGCUCAUGGAAGAGUCAUGCCCGGCUUCGACAUCAGAGGACUCGCACAAACUGAAAAAGAUCAAAAAGAGCACCUACUUCAGCGAUGAGGAGGAGCUCAGUGACUGAUGACUAUUGUGAUGUUCACAAGACGAUGCAUCUUAUUGUCCAGAAUAAGUACCUGUGAGAUUGAACUGAUUAUCAGAGGUGCUUGCUUAAAGCUUUGACAAAGAUGGAAGUAACUUUUGUAGGUUUUAGUGGUUUGGUGCGGAGGAAAGCUGUUGUUACUGAUGUUACACUCAGAAUACCCCACCUUGAUUUAAGAAGUAGUAGUCACUUCAUGGAGGGGUUCAGAAAUGUUUUUCACUUUUAGAGUCUCUAUUCUGUCAGUCAUUUUUUAAAACCUUUUUUUUUUUUUUUUUUUUUAAUAAAUAAAAAUACAGAUGUUUAUCAUUUUCAAACCCAGACAGAUAUGAAUAAAUAAAACUAUUUUUGACAAC